GGAGCUUGUUGCAGGUGCUUCCUCUCUGUCUCUGUCUCUGUCUCUCUCUCCCCCCCUCCCUCCUUCGCAUAUUUCUUUUCUCCUCUUUUUCCAACUUUUCUCUUCUUUUUAUCUGUACUCUACUUUGUUCUCCCUCCUUCUCCUUCCUCUUCUUCUCUGAUUCUCUCUCUCUCUCUCUCUCUCUCUCUCUCUCUCUCUCUCUCAGUUGUUCGAGUUUCAACAAUGGCAGACAUAAGCUUCCCUCCCAUGGAACAGCUUCAAGACCUUGAGUACUGCAUAGACUCCAACCCACCUUGGGCUGAAACUGUUCUAUUAGCAUUUCAAAACUACAUUUUGAUGCUUGGCACAAGUGUAAUGAUCCCUUCAUUGCUUGUCCCAGCAAUGGGUGGAAAUGAUGGUGACAAGGCACGAGUAAUACAAACUCUGCUGUUUGUGGCUGGCAUUAACACCCUUCUUCAAGCACUUUUUGGAACCAGGUUGCCGGCUGUUGUAGGGGGCUCCUUUGCCUAUGUCAUCCCCAUAGCUUAUAUCAUAGGCGACUCAUCACUACAGCGAAUUUCUGAACCUCAUGAAAGAUUUAUACAAACAAUGCGAGCCAUCCAGGGAGCUCUGAUUAUAGCUGCAAGCAUACAAAUAAUUCUGGGUUACAGCCAAGUUUGGGGUCUCUUUUCACGGUUUUUCAGUCCUCUUGGUAUGGCACCUGUUGUUGGAUUAGUUGGAUUGGGUUUGUUUCAACGAGGAUUUCCUGCGUUGGGGAACUGUGUAGAAAUUGGGAUUCCGAUGCUGAUGUUGGUCGUUGUAUUAUCACAAUAUCUCAAGAAUGUGAGACCAUUGAGGGAUGUACCCAUUUUUGAACGGUUUCCUGUACUGAUCUCUAUCGCAAUCAUUUGGAUUUAUUCCCUGAUCUUGACUGGUAGUGGAGCCUAUAGAGACAAACCCAAUAAAACUCAACUCAGUUGCCGCACAGACCGAGCAAAUCUUAUAUCCACAGCCCCAUGGUUCAAGUUUCCAUAUCCUCUGCAGUGGGGUCCCCCUACAUUUGCAGCGGGGCAUGCAUUUGCCAUGAUGUCUGCAGUUCUUGUUUCAAUGGUUGAGUCAACUGGCGCGUACAAGGCAGCUUCUCGGCUAGCAAUUGCAACUCCACCUCCUGCUUAUGUGUUGAGUCGGGGCAUUGGCUGGCAGGGGAUUGGGAUUUUGCUUGAUGGCCUUUUUGGAACUGGGACCGGUUCUACUGUAUCUGUGGAAAAUGUGGGACUCCUUGGACUGACCCGAGUAGGGAGUCGCAGAGUUGUUCAAAUUUCUGCUGGCUUCAUGAUAUUCUUCUCAACCUUAGGAAAAUUUGGAGCUGUUUUCGCAUCUAUACCUUUCCCCAUAUUUGCUGCAUUGUAUUGUGUUCUCUUUGGCCUUGUGGCAUCAGUUGGUCUCUCAUUACUGCAGUUCACAAACAUGAAUUCUAUGAGAAACCUUUUCAUCACUGGACUUUCGCUUUUCCUUGGGAUCUCAAUACCCCAAUUUUUUAAUGAAUAUUGGCCUAGCCACCAUGGUCUUGUUAGGACCAAAGCUGGGUGGUUCAAUGCAUUCUUGAAUACCCUGUUUUCAUCACCAGCAACAGUGGCCUUGAUUGUUGCAGUGGUUCUAGAUAACACACUUGAGGUGGAGAAGUCAAAGAAAGAUCGAGGGAUGCCAUGGUGGGUAAAAUUCAGAACAUUUAGAGGAGAUAACAGAAAUGAAGAGUUCUACACGCUGCCCUUCAAUCUCAACAAGUUCUUUCCCCCAACAUAGCAAGGUUGAGCAAAAUCAGCAAAGCCAAACGAGUUCUUUUUCCUUUCUGUUAUAUCACCAUUCAUUUAACAAGAUGUAGUAGAGAUGGGCUUAUCUUGAAAAGUCCAAGCCAUGUUUUGUUCCCAUCUUCCCUUGUUCAUCCCUUCUAUUUUUUUGAGGGCCAUGUGUAGCAGGGUCCAAUUUAGGAUGGUAGUUUGUAGAGCCUUGAUCUAUGCUUCUUUGUAGGUUCUAAUUUAAUAAGAAAAUGUAAGGACCUUCCCUGUUCAUUAUUAUUUAAGCCCUCCUAAGCUCUUCUUUUUAGUUUGGAAAA